AUGUACAAUGAACCGAUGGAAAAUAAAACGGAAGAAAAAUAUGAUGCAAACAAGUCUGGAAACAAAAGUAGCGGCACUGACAGUUUUAAAGAUGUCGAUAAUUUGCAAGACGUGAAGGAUAAUAUUGAAUAUACCAAAUCAAAACUGGAUGAGUUGAAGGAUAAACAAGUAUUUAAUCCCGUGACGAAGCCAUGGCAGUUGAGACAGAACAAGAUUUUAAAUCUUAAAAUAGAAAAGAGUUUGAUUUAUAAAUACCGUGGAAAAAUUCUUGGAGAGCCAACAAAAAUUGUAAAUAUUAUUGGUGAUGGUAAUUGUCUCUAUAGGUCUUUAUCUUACUGGAUAACCGGGACAGAAGAUCAUCAUUUGAAAAUACGAAACUCAAUUGCUGAGGUAGUGAAGUCAAAUGAAAACAUUGAAAAGUAUGUUGGAGGGAAGAAUAAACUUCUUCAAUAUCUCGAAAAAAAUAUAGAAAAUGACGGUGUAUGGGGAACUGAUGUCGAAAUAUUUGCUGCUGCUUUUUUACUAAAGACAUCAAUUUAUGUUUAUUCUACAGUGACAAAUAAGUGGCAAAUAUUUAACAAAUAUAUGGACUUAAAGAAAAAAGUCAUGACGAAUGAAAAGUGCAUUUAUUUAAGAAACAUCAACAAUGUACACUAUGAUGUCGUUAUGGAUGUAUAA